CCACAACCUUUCCGGAACCCAGGACGGAGAGGCGAGAGGAAGCGACCGCUGUUACCAGUUGAAUCUAUAUUCAAUCCUUAGUUUUCUUAAUUUAAAGUUCCUCCGCUUUUCGGUUCAAAGUUGAAUCGAGUAUUUGGCUCCGAAAUACGUGUAUUGUGGAUGAGCACGGGUACAUUACUCCGUUGCCUCCCUACUUAGAGUAUGGAUUAGUCAUGGUGGGUAAAUUGAGGUGCUAUUAUAAAGAAAGCUGCCCCAGACUUCCAUUUUCAAAUCUGGAGAUUGUCAUAUGACAGCGAUUCGUCCUAUAAUCAACUUAUAAUGCAUCGUUCUCUGUGGAAUACUCUAUGCUUGGCUCUGUCCAUUAUUGGACAGGGCGGGAGAGCGAGGGGUGAAGCCUCCUGCUCUGGUAUCUUCGCAGCCAUCACGGCCCAAGACUAUGUGCAUUCGCUUAGCCCCGGGUGGAAUCUGGGGAAUACUCUGGACGCCUUCCCCAUGGAGGGCUCUUGGAAUAAUCCUGUGGUCACUGCGGACACCUUUGCUGAUGUAAAGAAUAGCGGCUAUAACAGUGUUCGGAUUCCAGUUACCUGGGCUUAUCACUUUACCGGCUCGAGCAACCAGGGAGACUCUCCACUUUGGACGGUUGACCCGACCUGGCUAGACAGAGUCUCGGCUGUUGUCGAUAUGGCGACGGCGCAAGGCCUUUACGUGAUAGUGAAUGUGCACCACGACAGCGCGCUGUGGGCGGACUUCACAGCCGCCGGAGCCAACCAAACUUUGAUCGAGGAGAAGUUCUAUCAACUUUGGUACCAGAUUGGAACCAAGCUGGGCUGCAAGGGCGCGCAAGUCGCAUUCGAGGCUAUCAAUGAGCCCCGUAGCUCAACAGAUGCGGACUAUGCCUUCCUGCACCAGCUCCAAGACGUCUUCCUCCAGGCCAUCAAUAAUGCGGGAGGCUUCAACUCACAGAGAGUUAUCACCGUUGCUGGCCCUGGACAAGAUCUCACUGCAACCAUCGAGCGUUUCACGGCCCCAGACUCGAAUUUUACGAACCCCUGGACCAUCCAAGUCCACUACUAUGCGCCCUACGACUUCACCUCGGCGGCCUGGGGUAAAACCAUUUGGGGAUCUGCCGAUGACAAGGCAGCGAUGGACUCGGCAUUUUCGAGCCUCCGAGCAAAAUUCCCCAACAUCCCCUUGAUCGUUGGCGAGUGGUCAGCAUCACCAGUCAUUACCGAGCCAGCUGCGCGCUGGAAAUAUAUCGACUUUCUUGCCCGUACAGCUGCUAAGUAUGAUGCGGCCCUGAUUGUCUGGGAUGCCGGCGUUGAUGUCCUCAAUCAUUCGGCCCACACCUGGUAUGAUAUUACCGCGGUCAACAUUGUACGAAACGCGAUUCAGGGCAUCUCCAACAGCCUGCCGGAUAGCACCACCGAUCCCAGCGCCACCACCCAGCAGAGCUCCGCCUUCAUCUUCAACCAAGUCGGUAGCAGUGUGGGAGACCAGUCUCUACCCUUCCUCCUGAACGGCAAUACGGUCACCUCGAUCACCAUAGAUUCUACCAUGCUGACCACCGGGAAUCAGUAUUCGGUCAGCGGGAACAACAUCAUCUUCACGGCAUCUUUCCUGUCGGGCUACCUUUCAUCGACGGCCACGCCGGGCAUCAAAGGCACCUUGAGCAUCUCCUUCUCAGCUGGUAUCAUCAUCCCGGUACAGAUAGUCCAGUGGGAGCCCCCAGUCCUCUCAUCAGCGAGUUCCAAAGCCAUUGCUGGGGCGGAUCUGGUCGUCCCCGUCACCUGGCAAGGUAUGGCUCAGGUAGCUACUGUCAAGGCUGUCAAGGCCGAUGGCACGUUCUUGGUGGACGACUGGACUGUUUGGUUGCCUCCGAUUCAGCAGGGCCGGACCACCUUUGGCGGAUCUUGGACUUGGAGCGUGGGGCAAGCCGGGUUCACCAUCACCUCGACGGCCGUGAAUGCCGUCAUUGCGGCAGGGCAGGCGACGCAGUUCACAGUCGAGGCAUAUCCCCGGGUCGCUGGCAACAGUGCCACUUAUACUUUGAACCCGUAAGCCCACCUAUGGGAGUCGGAUGACUGGACAUCAUGAGCAAUAGCAAUGUUGCAUCGAUUUGGCACAUUCACGCCAAUGUAUCGAGAUUCAUACGACCGACUACAGUGCAAAUGGAACGGCAAACACGUGCACACCCUGUUUGGCCUUUAUAGGGAGGCUCUUAUCUUCCCAGAUAUAGGGAGUGCAGCCAGUCUUUUCUUAUCACAUCAAAUGAGCAUAACAGGGCCUGUUUAACUGGAUAUAAGGGAUCGGGAGAUGGGAUCGGCUGAGGAGUGGAUCGCCCCAGGGAUUCGGGAUUUCCGGGCUGGGCCUCUCGACUCUCUCUGGAGGACCCAUGGCGGUCUCGGUCUCGUGGCUUGUAUAUGGGGGACAUUUACAGAGGAAACAUUGCACAUAUUUCAUUUCAAUACUGACAUCAAC